CUCACCGGAAACAAGGUCACACACAACUCGGCAGCACAGUGGACCGUUUGUACAAGUCGUGCACCAGGAGUUUAAGAAGAUGGAAAUACAUAAGAAUACACUGUAUUACCUUUUUAUAGUAGCUGUGCUUCCUGCGUUUUAUAAAUGCACUGCAGAUAUACAACCUCCAAAAUACAGCGACCUCGCUUGUGACGGAGACGGACAUAUCAAAUUAACAGUUACGGACUCAAUACAAUCAGUUGUUUCAAAUUGCACAAGUGUAUCGCAAAAUUCCGUCACUUCAUUACCAGCUGACAAAACUGUAACCGUCGACAACUGCCCAUUGAACACACACGUUAAGAUUUUGAUGUUAGAACGCAACGUGGAUAGUCAUCUGGAUGCCAAAUUAGACCCUAGGAGAGUUGGUGAAGCUAUUGAUGUUAUGUGCAAUGGCAAAGGUCUCGAAGUGAUUACAUCGAUUAUAAAUGUCCCUGGUGUAAGUUUUAAACCAGUUCCGGUUUCCUAUCAAGAGCGGUUGACAAUGAUCCUUCUUGAUGGUGACGGUAAGGUGGAAACAAUAACGCUUGGGGGCAGUUACACAUUACAAAUCACAGCAGCGGACAACCUGCAUAUCCAUGUACAGUCGUGCGAUGCCUAUCCCGGCAAUGAAAAAAGUGAAACGGUACAUUUGUUCAUUAGUGGGAAUCCCGACGGUACUAACAGUGUUUUGACAAAUUUUAAGGAAGCGACGUUGCAGACGGCAUCAGCUACUAUGACUGGUUUCAGAUUUAUUGGUAAAGAUAAUGUAGUCAUUACCUGUACUGUUGAUGUUUCGACUCCGACAACAACAACUGCUUCUCCCAUUACUACCACGAUAACACGCAGACGACGAAAUGCAUUUCAACAGAAACACAAAAACACCCUUGAAGUAUCGACUUCAUUCCGCGUCGAAAGUUUAUCAACGAAUGGGGUAAAGGGAAUGGUCGCUAAAGAAGGCCGAUGCAUCUUGGUGGCAAGCAUUUUGCUCGUGAAGUAUUGUCUGCACUGGUUUUGGCAUUAAGGCUUCCAUUUAUUUACGACGUGAUGGCUUUUUCAUAUUGAACUUUGGUCUAUGGACAAGAAAAUGUUGAACUUUAAACAUGUAUUGCAAUAUGUCAAACACAUCACACAUGUGCAUCUUUAGGUUCUAAUUGCGUGCGCAUUUUAACAUAAUUUGUAAAUCAACGGCCUGACAAAGAAUGUAAUGUCGACCUUCUGAAAUACAAGCAGUCUCGAUCUUCAUUUCAAAGCACCAGUUUGAUUUUCUGCAAUCCAGAUAUGACAACAGCCAUUUAAAAUAUGGUAUUCUUGACAACCAAUAAAUGCCUGAGAAAUUGUUGACAUUCCUAUCAAAAUUCAUAUUUUGAAAUGUUGGCUUUCGUCAAAAAAACUUUUUUUGAGUAAUUCGCACUAAUUAUUUUCUCGAUUUAUAAAGACAGAUUGACACAGGUGUUGUGGUAUACAUGUACAUAAUUUAUGUAUAUCAAAUUGACAUCAAUUAUUAAUAU